AAAGACUAACGGAUGCAAAACAAGUGUACUUUGUGUGUCUCUUCCUAUUUGUCCUAAAAAAAAUAGUGGAUGCAAAAAGUUUGGUUACCCGAUUAAAGUCUUGAUUUACUUAUUUCAUUACUGCAUUCAAAUACAGAUCAAGAAAUGUCUGUUGCCUUUACUAUACACCAAUAGUAUUUUUAUUUGAGAUGUAUAAUCCAUCACGAGGUGGUGUUCGUGGAGGUGCUGACCAGUUUACCUGGGAAAGUGUCAAAACUGAUAAACACAGAGAAAACUAUUUAGGACAUUCUCUAAAAGCUCCAGUUGGCCGCUGGCAGAAGGGUAAAGAUUUAUCAUGGUAUGCAAAAGAAAGAAAAAAUGAAUCUCUUGUUCAAGCUGAAAAAUCUGAAUUGGCAGCUAUCAAAAAGGCAGAAGAAGAAGCUAUGCUAAUUGCACUGCAUGGAUCAGAAAUGAGUGAAGCUCUGAGAAGAAAUGUUGGUGUGCGUGAUGAACUUAAUAUUGAGAGAGUGGAUGGUGUUGGAACUAGUAGCCGAAGAGCAGCUCUGAUGACAGGAAUAGGAAAAAAUGCCAAUCAUAAGAAUGAAGGGGUUGUUUUUGAAAGUCCAAAACCUAAAACUGAAGUUGUUUCAAAUGCAUCUGAGAAAGGAGAAGACUAUAAUGCUCACAAAAAGAAAAAAAGCAAAAAAAGUUCAAAAAAGCAUAAAAAGGAAAAGAAAGCUAAGAAAUGCCACAAGGAUUCAGAUGAUUCUGAAUAUUCAUCUGAUUCAGAACCAAGAAUAAAAUGUAAAAAGAGUAAGAGAAGUUUUGAUACAAAUGAAUAUGAAUCAUCAAAAUCUAGAAAAAGUCCACCGAAGAGAGAAAAGGUCUACAGAAAACAUCACUCACAAAGUUCUGAAAACUAUUCUUAUUCACAUUCAAAAAGUAGGAUUAUUGAGAAGUCAAAACAUAAUUAUACUAAAAGGCAGCGCCAUGACAGUACUGAUAGUGACUCAUGAAUAUGAAAAAGGACACUAUACUCAUAUGGUUUACAAGAUAAAUGCCACUUCAGGUGUGAACAUUGUAAUAUCUCAGGGAAAAAGUUCUUCCUGAUUUACAUGAUUAUAAGACAAAAUUUUAUUGGAAAUUUUAUUGCUAAAAAUAAUAUUUUUGAAUGUAAUGGAACUUGAUAUUUCAUUUAUAUUUUGGGAUUGAACUACCUUUAAAUUAGAAGAGAAUUUUUACACUCAGUGAUAAGUUACUCAAAAAAUAUGAAAAACUUAUUUUAUAAGAAUUAAAACAAAUGUAUAGUUUGUAAAUAAAAUAUUUUAAAUUUC